GUACAUAGCCAGUUCGAGUUGAACAGCAACACCGAUCAAGAGCCACAGCCACAGCCAACUUGCCACUGAACCAUGACCGACUUCAUCCCAACAACAACAACAACAUCAUCAUCAACAUCAACAACAACAGCCAAUACUCAACCUCAACAACAGAAAACUACUGACAAUAACCAGGCUCAGAUUAUCCUCUCAUGCGUAUUCUGUAUCGAUGGCUCACUCAGAUCUAGAAUCAACUGGAAGCAGUAUGGAGCAGAAUACAUCCAAGCCUAUCUGAGAGGCCUCCAGUUCAUCCAUCCAACUGCCACCCUCCGACUCGUCCCAGUCUUCUUCACCUCACUCCCCCCAGCCGUACCCGCCAGUCAAUCCAUCACUCGACCUUACCCCUUCUUGGAACUCAGCCAAUUCAUCGAAAUCAUCCCCGACCUCCUCCCCUUACGAGCUCCCUCAGAUCACUCGACCGAUCUCGAUGGCCUGUUUGAUUACGGUGGGGAUGACCCUGCCAUCCUGGAAGCGAUCAUCUGCGCAUUCGAACUCCUCGACCGAAAUCCAUCCUCCAACUCAGCCCCUCCUCAUCAUCGCAAUCGAACCAAAACCGAACCACAAUCCAUUCAUCACAAACAUAUCAUCAUCCUCACCUCAGCAGAUAUCGGACCGGCCGGGCUGCAUCUCGACCCUAGGAAGAACUUCGACCCUACUAAUGAGGACUUACCCAAAACCGUUCCCAUGUUCAACCAAACCGCUGAAUAUGAUGGCCUCACCUUCCAGGAUCUGUGCGGUAGAUUCAUCAAAGAUAGCCAAGGAAGAUGGAUUCAUGACAAACACUUGGGCUUGCUCGAACGAAAAUCAAUCUCACUUGGCUUGAUCUCUACAAGUCGUACUCCCCGUCUACUGAGCUUCUUGGCACGACAUCUUGGACCCCAGGCAUUUCACGCAACACGCCAGCAAAACUUGGUUAGGACGCUACAUCAGAGUCAUACGAUCAUGAUCAGUGGUCUCACUGAUAUCAACGCUAUUUCCAAUAAACGCCCAGCCACUCUAUCAUCCAACAAUAGCACCUCGAUCCCAUUUUCACCCAACUCCCAUCUGGCUGGCUCUGUUACAUCCAGAAACCUGACCAACAAAGGUAUCCAGGAUGGCAACUUUCAACUCUCGAUCAAGCGCCCUCGCACCGAAUCUGAUGAUGAUCAUCCCCCAUUAGCACCAUCCUCUAAUACAUUCUCGAACACAGCUACCAGUACCAGUGCUCCCUAUCCUUCAGUUAGCACGACUUCAUUGACCCCUGGUUUUCCCAUCGUCAUUCCACCACAAGAGCAGUCCACUCAGUCAAGAGUCCCUCAACACCUCACAUCAUUUCUAUCAUCUUCCAACGCACCUCCCUUGACUUCAACCCAAUCCGAUCAAGCCUUGAAUAUGCCCGAUAACAGUUUGGCUCAAGGAUUAUCCCUCCUAAUCGGCGCAAACAAGUCUUCACCCGUACCUCAAGCCACAGUAGGACCUGCAACCCACUCAAACUCUAGCUUAGCUCCCGCUUUUGGUUCAAAUCGAUCUCAAUCCACACCUGGGGUCGCAUCAGUUGAUCCUAAUCCUCCAACUGAUGCCCUUUCACAGGCAUUGGCCUUGUUGACAGGUCCUCAGCCAAUCGUCAGAUCGACUCAAUCAUUCCCUCUUCCCAAUCAACCUGCUCCCACCCAUGCCCCUCAGAACCUCUUGCCUACCCCUCAGCCUCAUCCUACCUCCCCUCAGAAACAGACCCAACCUUCUCCUCAUGAUCAGCAACCUUCGAACCAAUACGCCUCCUCAGCCUCUAACCUCACUCAACCUCAGCAAGUAUCACAAACCGGAACUCAAAAGCCUCAACAGAUAUUUCACCAAAUCCAAGCAAAACAACACCAACAGCUACAGCAACUACAACAACUCCAAGAAACCCACAAGAUUCAGACUCAACAUGCUGCCUCUCAGCGCCCUGUUAGUAUAAUGACAAGCACUGACUAUCUUAACAUCUACCUAAAAUCUACCUCGGGUUCCUACAAGCCAACUUCAUCUGGAAUCUCAUCCCAAUCUACUCCCAGCUUACUUCCCGCAGCUUCAAUAGUCUCAAGCCAACAACAACAACCGCAGCAACCAGCCCAGUCGAUGAACCCUAGUGGCUCAGGAAGGAGCUUCAAUGCGACGCAUAUGGCUCUCAUGGAAUCAGCUCAAGCAAAAGGCCGUGAACAGCUCAGCAUUAUUCAAGCUAGGUUCAAACGCGGUGAACUUACCGAGGCUGAUGUUAAAGUUGCUCAAAUAAGAGUCAGGGCUAUGGUCUCCGAUUUACUCCGAACCUACGCCUCGAAAGCUCAAGGUAACGAACCAACCCAAAAUGCGGCUCCGCCACCUUCUGUGUCACCACCAUUGGCGGCAGAUGGACCAAUCCUAUGGAAGGGCCGAUUGGUUUGGAAUAUCUCUGUUUCUGGUUCAGCCACUAAUGGUAAUGAGGUUCAGAAGAGAGAAGUCUCGAUUCCUAUCGCAGCCGUCCCUUGCUCUGGUCAGCAGAGUAAUGAUUGGCUCCCUAGUAAUGGAGGGAUCUCUAACGAAGAUAUUUAUAUCAAACUUUGCGAACGAUUGGGGAUGCUUAUGACUGUUGUCGCGCCGUUCGAUGAUGUGGGCCAUGGUGCGGUAAUUCUUUAUAACCGAGGCUCGCGGGUCUUGUACGGCUUGAUCUUCCAAAGGACGCCGGUGCCUUACCACUUAUUCCAGCAACUCCACCCACAGCCUCUACCGCCACCAUCUUCUUCAUCGACCUCGAUCGUCAGACCUAACUCACGCGCAACCGACUCGCCCGGCCUGUCAAACCCGCUCUCUAAUAACAAUAAUAACAAUUUCAAUAAUAAUAAUAAUAAUGGGAAUAGUCUGAUCAAUCCUUGUCUCCAACAACAACCGCCCUCUAACCUCGCUCCAGCUGCUCAUAAACAACAGUUGAUGCAGCAAAUGUUGGCUCAGCAACAACAUCGAAAUCAAUUGUUUACUCAACAGUCACAACAUCAAAACCCCCAGCUCCAGCAACAACACCAGCAGCAGCUCCAACAACAACAACAACAACACCAGCAACAACAAUCACACCAACAGCAUGCUUUUCAGCAGCUGCAGAACCAACAUCAUCAGCCCUCCUUUAACCCUCAUGCUCAACAGCUUCUACAGAACUUAUCCGCCUCAUUUUCUAAUAAUAACAAUAAUAGUAAUGGCCUCCCUUCCUCGGGAAAUAUUAACAAUAUUAACACUAAUAAUAAUAAUGGUAAUGGUAAUGGGGCUAAUGGAUCUGGCGGACCGGGCUGGUAG